AGCCAGGGACGAGGAGAGAAGCCAUAGCCUACUGACUAGCCUACAAUCACCAUACACCCGUAAAUCCACCCUGAAAAUGACACCACUUUCACCGGUCUUGGCAUUUCUCUUAAUUUAUUUUCUCCACCCUGAAUUUGGAGAAUGUGUGACCGUGAUUUUGGGAGACUCGUAUAUGUUUGGGAACUGUACGACAGGUGUUCCAGCUGAACUUUACCGGGUCGCAGAUGGGGGCCAAUCUGGACAGCACAGCACCGAGCUGGUGGCUGCUCGUGAGGAAGAUGUUUGGAAACCGGCAGAGGACUACAAAGACAGGAUGAAGAUCAGCGCGGGCAUUGGCUUCAGGCGUACAGAAUACUCAGACUCAGGACUGUAUGAGUUAAGAUGCGCUGGCCAGCAUGUUAACUCUACACAGCUGGAUGUUGUUCUAGCAUCUGAAGUCUCAGCCACUGAGGGGGGUAACGCCACACUUCCAUGUUACUACAUUACAGGCGGACAUGUGGACUCUAUAAAGUGGAGUAGAGGAGGAGAGAUGGUGCUGGAGCAGAGUCUGUCCUCCGGAGAGAUCAAACAUGGGCCAGGAGUUAAUAAGAGACUUUCUCUGUCACCUGAUGGCUACAAGAAAGGGAACUGGUCGCUGAUUUUCAACUCUCUUCUGCUGGAGGAUGGAGGGGACUACUUCUGCUCCUUCUACCUAAACGGCGCACCAGAGGGACGGGGAGACCCCGCUGCUGUGAGGAUGAGGGUCUCAGAGAGAAGCCGCGAUCAGACCACCGGCCACCCGUCUCUGACUAGAACCAGUGAAGAGGAAGAGAUGGGAGCUUGUACCAGUGUCGGCAUGACAACAACCGUGUGGAUUUUGUUUCUGUCUCUUCGUCGGUGGCUGAAUCAACGGGACCGUUGAUGUCUUGGUGGUGGAGAGGAGAGAGACAGGCCUUCAAGGCUAGAUUUUUUACAUUGGGCUACUGAUGAA